AUGAUCUUUGUCCCAGGUUUCUUAGAGGACGACGCCAAAUUGGACCAAGACGUCAGCAUCGAAGCAUGCAAAGCGCUUUGGCAACGUAUCGUCGCUCAACUAGACCUGCUUUUCACGUGGCGCUGGCAAUGGCACCAUCAAAAUCCCCAAGUGGUGGAGGAGAACAUCAUCAAAGAUAAUCGCAGACAGAAGCUGGCUCUCCAUUUCACCAGCCUACUUCACGCCGUCGACAUUCUCACCUACGACUCGGCCCUCAUCUGGCUCCUCGGUCUCCUCUGGAAGCUCAACCCCUGCCUCGCCCCACUCGCUGUGGAGGAUUCAGCUUCGCGUACAAAACUAUCCAUUCUCUCCCCAUCGUCCGAGAACCCCAACUGCCUCCACCUACCCGGUUCGGCGACCAAGCUCAAAGAGGUGGCAAUAGAGAUCUACCACGUUUUCGACUUCCAAAUGCGGAAUAUCCGGGGCCACCGCGUAUCUUCCCUCUUCUUCCUGAUGCCUAUUGGGUUAGCGUGGAGUGUAUUGCAAGGGGAUGAGAAAUGGAGAAGCAGUAUCACGGAGACUUUGGCUCUCAGUCGGGUGACGAAGGGGUACCAGGCGGGGCAGAAUCCGAUCAUUCGGGGAGGGGAUGGAGGGGAAGAGGUGGUGGAGAGGAACGCGUUUGGAUUUGGGGCUUACGCUGUCCCCAGGGUAGUUUGA